UGGCAUUAAUACGUGUCAAUGAGUAUAGACUGUAAUUUCUGUGCGCUGCAUAAACAAAUUUACAAUUAUUUGUUCCACAUCAAAAUAAAUUAAAUCAAAGUUGGACCAAAAACGAAAGUCAAUCAUUUAAAGAUGGAAGGUGUUUUACUGGAACCGACUCUGUUCACCAUCAAAGGAAUGUGCAUUUUAGAUAAUGAUGGCAAUCGAAUUCUCGCCAAAUAUUAUGACAAAAAUAUUUUGGCAACCGUUAAAGAGCAAAAAACAUUUGAAAAAAAUCUCUUCAAUAAAACACAUCGAGCCGCAUCCGAAAUCAUUAUGUUGGAUGGUUUGACGUGUGUUUAUAAAAACAAUGUGGAUCUUUUCUUUUAUGUGAUGGGCAGUACACAGGAGAAUGAAUUGAUUUUAUUGUCGGUAUUGAAUUGCCUGUAUGACUCAAUAAGUUUGAUUUUGAAGAAAAAUGUUGAAAAGCGUGCCGUAUUGGACAAUUUAGAUAUUAUCAUGCUGGCAUUUGAUGAAAUCUGUGAUGGCGGAAUUAUUUUGGAAGCUGACCCAUCGGCGGUGGUGAAACGUGUCGAUUUACGUAAUGAUGACAUUCCAAUCGGAGAGCAAACAGUGGCACAGGUGAUCCAAUCAGCAAAAGAACAACUUAAAUGGUCACUUCUUAAAUAAUAAUGUAGUCUUGUUUAUCUUAAAAUUCACCCAUUUACAUUCUAAUUCAGCCGAAUCCAAUGUAUUAUUAUUACUUUUACACAGCAAUAAAAUUGUAAAUCAAAAAAAAAAAUUGGAAU